CAAGCUCGUUUAGCUUCUUGCGGUCAAUUCUUAUUCGAAGUCGAAUGUACUGGCGAUCUUUGCCGUCGGAAGUUUAAAGCAAGUUCAAAGCAUCCUGAUAUACGUGCAUGGUAAGCCAGAUGGGACCGGACACACGCGAAGCCAGAGGUGGAGGUAGGAAUUGGAGAAGCAGGGAGCGAUGAAUGGCCAGCAAGAAGCGAGAGGAGCGCCAGCAUUGGGGGGCUAUCGUUCUGAAGCCCCUCCCACCGUCUCCGAGGUCCCAAUUCUUGCUCCUUCUGCUUCCCCCUUCCAUUCCCACCACUGCACACCAAAUGCUCCGGAGGGGCAGGAGAUACUGGGCGUUCGCCUACUGAAGCUGCUCGCCUCGCCAUUCGCCUCCCUCACCCGCUCCUCCCAGACGCUUCUCCGUCUCGACUUCAGACGCCCUCUCUCCUUCCCCAAGCGUCCAUCCCGUCCUUCUCCCCCACCACCCGGUUCUUCCUCCCCCUUUGGUCCCCUACAUGGCAGCCGAACCCGUCUCCAGCUCAUGCAGACAUGGGACCUCCCUCCCAAAUGCGAAGAAGAAGCAACGGAAGGUGGACCUAGGGAGAUUCCCUGGUUGAAGUUGGGAAUUGGAGGCAGCGUGGAAAUGGACGACGAUGGCGGUGUUCUCGUGCCAAAAGCUCGACUGAAAACGAAGUAUGCCAUCCUCCAUGUCAUGCCCAGUCCUUGUUUCGAGAUCCGGAUGAAAUUUCCAGUUGGGAUAUCAUCUCUUGCUGCUAGCAUCCGCUGCAGAAUUCCUUUUUCUGAUCUGGAGACUAUGUGGAACUCCCCAUCGUCACAAUUGAUGGUGAACUUCUAUAAUGAAACUGGGUCAGGUUUCCACCUUACACCUGGAGGUUUGGAAUUUGAUGAGCACCUGUUAAGAAUUGGAAAAUACACAACGGUGCGGGUUGCAGCAUCUUUAAACUUCCCCCGCAGACUGCCACCUGAGGAAGAUGAACAGCUUUUCAAAAUUGAUAUUCGCUCAAUAGGGCUUAAGACAAGACUCCUGUAAGCCCCAGGUUUUGUUCAGUUAAUGCAGGCAGAAAGAAAGAUGAAUUCUGAUUUGUGAAGGCCUGCUGCUUGUUGCCAUGCACUAAAUUCACUCUGUUCUGCCUAUUGGGAAAAAGAAUUUUGUUGUAAAGAUAAAAAGAUAAUAUUUUGUGCUUGAGGUAA